AUGCGCACACACGCUCGUAAGAAGGCCGGGAGUUCCAGGUGGACAAUGGCGGAGCUGGGUGAGGCGGACCAAGCGGAGUUGCAGCGCCUGGUGGCAGCCGAACAGCAGAAAGCGCAGUUCACGGCACAGGUGCAUCACUUCAUGGAGCUAUGCUGGGAUAAAUGUGUGGAGAAGCCAGGGAAUCGCCUAGACUCUCGCACUGAAAACUGCCUCUCUAGCUGUGUGGACCGCUUCAUUGACACUACUCUUGCUAUCACCAGUCGCUUUGCCCAGAUUGUACAGAAAGGAGGGCAAUAGGCCAUCCCUUGGGAGAAUGACAGAAGAAACAAAGGACUUGUUAGAGCAGAUUGAUGGGCCACUGGGGGAAGGUCGGCAGCCCAUUGUCAGGUGAACUUGAGGCUGUUACCAAGCCUGUUGGUGCUAAAAAGUCACAGAUCAAAUGUUCAAAAAGUGAAAUUUAUUUAUUUGGAAUUCAGAAAUUCCAUGUUGUAUCACAACAGUUGCUCAAUAAAUGUGAAUUCUCCAA